CUCCCUGCCCCGCCGCCGCCGCCGCUGCUCUCUCUCCCUCCCGUGCCCGCCUCCCUGCCCCGCCGCCGCCGUCGCUCGCUCGGGUACCCAUCCACGACCUCGUGACGCCCCUCUCCUCUUCCUCCCGCCUCACCUCUCUCUCUCCUUCCAAACCCUAGACCGCCUCCCUGCCCUGUCGCCGUCGGAUCGUCUCCUUCUCCACCCCUCUCGCUGACGAGGAGCUGGCGCUCGGGGAGGACGAGGAGAUGGCCGCCUCCUGGGAGCAGGAGGAGGAGGAGGGGCAUGCGGCGCCGGCGACUAAGAAGGCUAGGAACGUGGCCACCGGCGACAAGGAGCCCGAGUUCCUCGGCGAGCCGUCCCCGCUCAGCCGACCAAGAAGGCCAGGAACGUGGUCCCUUCCAUCCAUCCUCCUUCUCACGGCCGUUCCUCCUGGCCGGGAUGAUUUCAUGAUCGUGUUGCAGUUGGUUCCAGUUCUGACCGCACGCCUCGCAUCCGCCGUCUGUCGUCCACCGUUUGCUCGGUUGCCGCCGUGGAAAAGAAGAGUGAACGCAGUCCUGAAUGCAGUCAAUAGGCGCACUCCAUUUAGAACAAUGGAAGCAUCAUUAAAUUAACUUGGUUGACAGAUGGUUCAAGCUGCUCGUCGUCUAAUGGAAAGCUUGGCCUAAUCAAAAUAUCUGGGAGGUAGCUAUGGUAGUCUCAUUGUAAUUUCUACUCUACCAUCAAGGUUCUCCAUGAUGAUUGAGAUGAUCGUGACUACUUUACAAGCUUUUGGAAGCUGUGACAGAAGGCAUGGAAACCAUGGUAAGUCAAAGCAUAUAAACCUCAAAAUUAUGCAGCUGAUCAUAUCAUAUUGCCACUGGAAUGAAAUUGUCUAUUCUAAAGUGUUCUACACUCAAGCUAUCAUCUGCACUUCAUUUAUUUUAAUCAUUCCUCACCAGAACUACUUUAUUAGUAGUGAAAGGCAUCACGUAAUUUAUUCAUCGCCAAAAAAUAUUAUCAUGCUCCCAAUUUAGCUGGCAAUUGGUGCACAUGUCUGCCAGGACUAAGGGAAUCAAGAAACAAUCCUUCAGCUACUAAUUAUGGUCGUUUUUUAUAACAGCUUAUCUAGCUACCUAUUUGUAGUAAAGUUCGGCUACAUAAUUCUCUUCGUCCAUUAGUUAGUCCUUGGUCCUCCUGGCUACUGUUGAAUGAUUGUUAUUUUUUUAGCUCACCUUCGUAUGCUCUUGUUACUCAAGCGUGAGUUUUGUCCCACAAGGUUAAUGCCACUUCCAAUUUUUUAUAUAUUUCUAUUUUACUUGCAGCCAUUGUCCUGCUUACUCCACAGUUGUAGAAAAAUUUCCUUGGUUCCAAGUUCUGAAUACGCGUUAAUCCAUCAUCUAUUUUUGACCCUGUAGAUGAAUUUAUUCCCAGAUGUUUAUGCAGGGAAGGAGGAGGCAUACCAUUGAUAGUUUGAAUCAAACCAGUAGAGGACACCACCGUCGGUUAUGGUGUCGAGUGACGGAACUGCAGUGAUCUGACUGCAGUGAUCUGGCAGUGUGGCUGUUGACCUCCUUAACAUCAUUCACGUUCGUCGCUCUGAACCCACUCAGCAGACAAGCUAAAUCCUUCUGCUUUAUCACGAGGACAACAAUAGUGUUCAUGUGAGCUUGAACUGUGGUGGAUGCGACUGAUAUUUCAACCGCAUACGAAGAUGAAGUUCUUUUUGUUUCUCGAGUAAUAUUAUCGUAUAUAGGCGUGAUGCCUCUGCAGAGGCGUUUUGGAUCAAUACCUUAUCUUUAUUGUAAAUUAUGUGUGAUCACCACGAUGAGACACCUUUGGAUGGAUUUAUUACUCCAUAGUUAUUGUAAAUUAUGAACAAAUUAUGUUGUAGUUCCAGUGUUAGU